GGGGCCGAGAGAAAGAGAAUCUGAAGCAGGUUCCAGGCUCUGAGCUGUCGGCCCAGAGCCCAGUGCAGGGCUGGAACCCACAAGCAGUGAGAUCAUGAUCUGAGCCGAAGCUGGACGCCUAACCGACUGUCUGGUAGGCGCAGACACAUCUGUCUGUUUUUAGGCGCAUCACAGAGGGUUUUGUAAGAAAAAGAAUUUGGUCGAUUGAGGCGCUGAGCAGAUUCUGGGCUAGUGUGACAGAAUGUUAGCUGCGGUUUCCCAUUCUCUUAACAGCGCAGGGCUGCCUGGAGUCCUGGCGAUCCCACUUCCGGGGAUGCCCAAAGCCCUCCCUUGGAUGUCCCCCUCCUGCCCGAGAUGGCCUCUCUUCUGGCCUCUUCCUCCUGACUCCCUGUCCUGCAGGGGAGGGACCUGCACGGGAGAGUUGCCUUCAAAGACUGCCCUUGCUGGGUGGCAAGCAAUCAUGAAUUAAAUUCCCCCGGCUGAAGAUUUAGGGGCCACAGGGAGAAGACUUGGGAGCCAGGGGGAGGUGAGGCCCAGACUUGAAACCUUGUCUCCUGCAGCUUUAUCCUCUCUUCUCCUUACCUUUCCUUCCAGAAUUCCCUGAGUUUUCCCUUCAACGCAUAGAAGAAUUUAGCUGUGUGCCAAGGCUCAGACUUGCAGAAAUAAGAUGCUUAAGGAACAGAGGCUUCUGUUUUAAGGCAGUUCUGCUUAUAAAUUUAUUAUAAAUAUACAUAUAAUACCUAUGAUAUAAGUACCAUGGGAUGCACAUUACAUGCAUGAUUAUAUGUAUGAUGUAACACAUAUAAAAAUAUAAAUGUAUUUAUAAGUGAUCAUCCUCUUUUUUCUUCUUACUGCAUUGGGAAACACUUAACGGUAGUUCAGAGAUAAAAGGAGCGGGUGAGUUUAGAGAGAAAGAGACUGUUGAGCCUGGAUCUCCCUCAGACUCCUGCACUGACGCACGGACGUGUGAGAAGCUGGGUGGAAUUUACUGCAUUUAUUUCUCAGGUGUAGGGUGUUCAGAAGCUGUAAAUAGGAAUUAUGUAAAUCGUGCAGCUUUAGGAAAAUCAGGACAGCAUGGCUUUUCGAAUCUUUUAUGAAGGCUUUCCUGAGAUUACCAUUAAGUCAUAAGCAACAUGAGAGAGAGCGAGCGAGACAGAUCGGCACAAGUUUAUUGGCCCGCGCUGGGUUUCCCAAUUCACCGCUGCGAAGCAAAAGUCAGAUUUGAUCUCGACGCGUGUUGACUCUAAAAGAACGACCCAGAAAAUGUCAACACGUCUACACGGUACUCACGCAAAGGAACAGCGAUUGUUGGUUUGGAACAGGCUUUCCGCCUGGAGAGCUCCGACACAGCGCAUCGUGGGGCGCGGGAGGAGGGCCGGGCCGCGGCUCCCAGCAGUCAGUGACCGUCUCCCGCAGGCCCCGCACUCCCCCAACGGCGCGCGGGGCCUCGGGGGACCGGCCCUGCGCGCCGCAGCUCCCGAGCGCCCCUGGCCGGCCGCCCACCUCCGCCCCGGCCGCCUCUCCGCCCUCUCCCGCCGCAGCCCACGCCCCGUCGCGGGGGGCAGGGCAAGAGGCGGGCGGCCGGCCCGCCCCGAGACCCUUUAAAGCGACGCGGACGCGGGCCGGGCGCCGCGAGCCCGGCGGCGGACAGUAGCGGCGCGCCGAGCCCAGCGCGCAGGGCUGCCCUUCGCGGGCCGGCGGGGCGGGCGCUCCCGGCUCCCCGACGCCUCCCGCGCCCGGCGGCCGCGCGCCCCCGCUCUGCCCUGCUGGUCCCGGGCGUCCCCGCCAUGCGCCCUGGCUAGUGCGCCCGGGGCGCAGCGCCGACCCGGGCCGCGCCCGCCGUCCGCUCCCGCCGCCGGCAUGCUGCGCCCGCUGCUGCUCGCCGCGCUCUGCGUGGCCGGCCGGCUCGGGGCCGCCCGCGGCUGCCAGCUGCCCUCGGAGUGGAGACCCCUGAGCGAGGGCUGCCGCGCCGAGCUGGCCGAGAUCAUCGUGUACGCCAAGGUGCUGGCGCUGCACCAGGAGGUGCACGGCCUGUACAACUACCUGCCGUGGCAGUACGAGCCCAGCGACGCGGGGCUCUUCUACUCCGCCGAGAUCGAGAUGCUGUGCGACCAGGCGUGGGGCAGCAUGCUGGAGGUGCCCGCGGGCUCCAGGCUCAACCUCACCGGCCUGGGCUACUUCUCGUGUCACUCGCACACCGUGGUCCAGGACUACUCCUAUUUCUUCUUCCUCAGGAUGGAUGAAAAUUAUAACCUCUUGCCUCAUGGAGUCAAUUUCCAAGAUGCUAUCUUUCCAGACACUCAAGAGAACAGAAGGAUGUUUUCCAGCCUUUUCCAGUUUUCGAAUUGUUCUCAAGGGCAGCACCUGGCAACUUUUUCCAGCGACUGGGAGAUCCAGGAAGACAAUAGGCUCAUGUGUUCAUCAGUGCAGAAGGCCCUGUUUGAGGAGGAGGACCAUGUCAAGAAACUGCAGCAGAAAGUGGCCACCCUUGAGAAGCGGAACAAGCAGCUUCGGGAUCGGGUGAAGAAGGUCAAGAGGUCGCUGAGGCAGGCCCGGAAGAAUGGGCGCCACCUGGAGCUAGUGAACCAGAAGCUCAGUGAGAAGUUAGCGGCUGCAGCAGGUGCCGUCCCACACAUUAAUGCCCUGGGGCAGGAGCCACCCGCUGCCACCUACCUGCGGGGGUAGCAGAGACUGAGCAGCGGCCUUGGCUGGCCCUGCUGGAGCAUGCUGCCUCUUACCAGGGAAUGUGAAGGGAUAGCAGGUUUGUCUGUGCACUCUUGUAGAUGAAUUCUAAAUAUGAAUUUGGUCGAGCGUCGUUGCUUAAAGGGGCAAGUCUUGCUUAUUUCCUUGGCUGCUGGGCUCCCUUCCGUCCGUCUUGCUCCCAGGCCUGGUGCUUGCCAGUCCAGAGCCAGGAAGAUCCUGGAGUGUCACGUGCUUGCCUAGGGCCUGUCCACCCUGGAAAGUGUACUUACUGUGGAAAGAACAUUUUAGAAUCUCUAGCUGCACAAGAACCCAGGGGUUCAGCCUUAUUUCAGAGGAGAAGCAGUAUGAUCUCAGCUCAGAGCUCCAGGACCACCAUUAGUUCUGAGGAGGGAUCUAUAGCAAGUCAUGGAACCUUCUGAUGUCUUAUUUGCUACAUUUUUGGAAGGAGGAUGGCAGUCUUGCAAAGCACCCAAGGCUAUCUGUAAAUAAACCUGUGCAUGGUGUCCCUACCCCUGCCAGCAUUUCCUCACAGCUGAGGCAUUGUAAGACUUCAUAUGAGGUCUUAACAGGUAGCGUACUGAGUUGCAGCAGGGGGUGGGGGUGGGGAGCAGGUGAUCAAGUAAUAUGAAUUAUACCUGAUUUCUAACACCAGUUACCCAGAGCUAAAGAGAACACCUAUGGGUCAAUCUAAAGGGGAAUUGCCUAUAUGGACUGGCCAUGUUUUAGCAAACCAUGUUCCUGAGCUGGAAGAGUUGACCACUAACAUGGCUUGCUCAUUAACUCCAUCUAGCUGCUCUGAUUUUGAGGUGAGUUGACCCAGUACACUAUUAACUUCCAUUCUGCAAAGACACCUCCUUACCUAAUGGAGUCAAGUUUCCCAUCCAGGCAGUUCUACAGAGUCUUGCCGCAAGCAUUUUCAUGGCAAACAUUUUUGCCACGUAACACAUUAGCUGUAAGGUAACGUUGCUGUCAGAGAUGAAAUAACUAGUUGAUAGUUAGGUUUAAUUUCUCCACUGACAGAGUUCCCAUUUUUAUAUUGCAUGAAUCUCAGGCCUCCUAAUGGGCUAUACAGUGACCAGUACACAUGGUGGCCUUAAAAUGGUGCAUGAUAACUACAUAUAUGGACUUGAUAGAAAAUACAGCAACAAAACUAAGUAGAAGUGUGAAAUAAGACUGUAAGGUCAGAUUGCAUACCAUACUAUCAUGCAAAAUGGUAAUUCAUGAGUUGAAAUAACUUGGCUAGAAAAGCAUUACAACAUCUAGCUAGAAGGCUUUCAUCGUACGAUACAAAGCUUAGUUACAAAUGUGCAUCCUAGUAUUUGGAAAACUAACACCUCUCUUAAUGUAACAUGAAAAAAUUAUUUCUUAUGUCCUUUUUAAGGCUCUUUUAUUUUUUGUUAUUUUAUCUUUUAUGGCCACAUUGCCUUCUGGUCAAUGUGUUAUGCAGUGAAAAUGCUUGUGGCAGAGAUGCCUACAGUGAAAAUACCGGACAUGGUUCCAGUAAUAUCAGACAUGGUUCCAGGCAUUCCAAGCACUUUCCACCUCCCUGGACUGUCCAAUCCUGGGAGGAAUGUUUUCACAUGAGUCCACAUGUCAGUGCGUCCAGUUUUGUACAUAGUCAGAACUCUUCACCCUCUUUGGAAAGACAGCUUCAAAGACAGUGCAAGUAAAAAGAGUAUCCACUAGGUCUAACAUCUGAGCCCUUACUUUAGUAGCAUUUGAUCUAGUCCCAGUUGUGUUACUCAGAAGGUAGCUGAGUGGCCGUCUUGUGAUUGUCUUCUGAUGGACCUCCAAAUCUACAAGUCUCCUUUCUGUGCUGUUCCAGAUGGAACCUGCAGGUUCCUCAUCAGGAAAUCUCCCUCUAGACCACCCCAGACACUUCAGUGCUUGAUGAUGUUGUCCUUUCCAUUAGAAAUGCAAUUAUACUGUCAUAUCUCCCUUCCACUGCUUGUAGGAAAACCAAGUUCUUGCUCUGACAGCUGGUUGGGAGGAUGGACUUGCGUCACUUGAGGGGCAAGCUGAUGCUCAAGGGGAGAAGUCUACAUCCUGGACUGGAUGGAAUGGCAGCUUUUGCUUCAUUUCCAAGCUUCUGCUGCUCCUUUAUAGCUGUAUUCUUCAUAGCAUGAUACAAUGGUUAAUUCUUCCUGGGGCCAUUUCAUUAAAGCACUUUUGCUUCCACCCAAGGGAAUGACAAGCCUAAGGGUGAUUUACAGCUAGUGUUUUGAGAACUGUGGAACUGGAUCCCUACAGAUGCAUUAUGUUCUACCUUUUUAAUAAAUAUGAGCAGUAUUUCAGCCACAA